GCUGGUCGCCUCAGAUAUAUAAGGACCCAACUGAGCCAGCAAUACCAGUAAAAUCAUGGAUCAAGCCUAUAUGGGUAUGGAAGAAAUAUCAGGCAGCAACAUAAAGUUGAGAAGGCUGGUAGAAACUUCAGAAGACAAUUAUAUUGAUGAUGAAGUGAGUCAAACUGUGCAAUGUGAAACGACUGGACUUGGACUCCCAGAGUCUGAAUUUGUAAAGAAGAGUUGCUGCAGAGCUGCUGUGAUUCUUCUGGGUCUGCUGUGUCUUUUCCUCCUGAUUGGAUUCAUAACUGUGGUUUUUCUCUUCACCCAAGGCAAAUCUCCUGGUGAAAUGGACACAGUGUUGCUACACAGGCUUUACAACAACUUGACCAGCGAGAGAAACCAAUUACUGACCAGUUACAACAAGCUGACAACCGAACGAGAACAGUUACUGACCAGUUACAACAACUUGACAACCGAACGAGAACAGUUACUGACCAGUUACAACAACUUGAAAACUGAAAAGGACCAAUUGCUGACCAGUUACAACAACGUGACAAUCGAACGAGAAAAGUUACAGAGAGACCAGCUCCAGACAAGAUUUGACGACAUGACCAAAAAUAGAGACAAUCUUCAGAGAAAACUUCAAGAUUGCCGAGAAAACUGGGUGGCCUUAAGUGAUAGUUUGUACCAAGUGUCUUCGGAGAAGAAAUCCUGGGAAGAAAGCAGACAAGACUGUCUUCAAAAAGGUGCACACCUGAUGAUUAUCAACAGCCGAGAGGAACAGAAUUUUGUGAACCAGUUCAAGAAGUAUUUGUGGAUUGGACUCACUGACUCAGAGACAGACGGAAUAUGGAAAUGGGUGGAUGGGACUCGCAUGACCACAAGCUACUGGAAUCGUGGUGAACCAAAUGGUGGCAGAACGGAAAACUGUGGAGAAAUAAGAUUUUACGACUCAGAAAACAGCUGGAAUGAUGCACCAUGUUCCAUUGAAAAAUUCUGGAUAUGUGAGAAGAGAGUUUCUCCAUAACUUAACAUCCAUGCCCAACAAAUAGUGCAGAAAACAGAACCAUGAGAUCAACUCCUGAAAUGAAGCUGAACAGAAAACAGUGGCCACUUAGGCUACGUCCACACAUACACGGGUAUUUUUGAAAACACAGCUUUUUCUAUCCGUUUGGGCCUUUUGUCCACUGAAAACUGAGAGUUUUAAAAACUCCUGGCAGGGUGGAGAUUUUCGAAAAACUCAGCUUUUGCGUUUACAUGUGGAUGAGCAAAAUGGAGAUCUAGCCACGCAACGUCAAAGGUGUGCGCCUUUUUUAACGUCAGAUCUGCCGUUUUUACACGCUUACAUAUACACACGCAGUUGCUGCCCCUCCACUUGGAAAGACAGAGGCGUCAGAGUGAACUUUGGACGUGGCUUUUACACUCUCACAACCUAAGUGUAAUAUUAAGGAAUAAUUCCACCUCACUGUCUGUCCACACAUAGGACUCAUUUCUACUUCUAUGCGCCAUCUUUGUUUACGCUUUCCCUCUCAGGCGUCUAGACUUCUGAUUGGCCAACAUUUCGACACAGCAUUAUAUCAUAGAGAUAUUUUACAAAAAUGCACGUGUGGAAGAUGAUUUUUUUUUUUUUAAACGAAAACGGAAAAUCUCCACUUACAAAAAUACCCAUGUAUGUGUGGACAUAGUCUUAGAUGGAAACAAGUUUAAAGGGUUUUUGCUUUGCUUUCUAAAUCAAGAAUGUCUUUUGUCACUAUAUCCAGGAUCUUUAAUCAGCCAGCGAUCUGCUUUGGUGUGACUAGUCAUGACAAUUUUAAGACGUGUUAGAUUAAAAAACUUGCUCAACAAUACCAUGCUCAAAAAUCCUCAUCUUAUAGAAAAAUAUUCUGUUAUCAUAAACUUUCCAUCUGUA